AUUACAUUUUUUUUUUUAAAUUGGCAAGGCGUCCGUCAGGGCCCAGGGGCACACCGCCAAUGGAAGACUUGUGAUUUCGUUGAAAAUAUGACGCGAAUCGACGAGGUUCUCCCCAAACGUUUACAAUUCCCGCGGAGUUGUAUAUGAUUUUAUUGAUCAUGUCCGGCUUUCACGAACGUUACCUACGAGCGAGUGCUCACAUCUGGAUGGGCCUUUAAUAUGUCAAUACGGAAUAACUUAACGCACGCGGGGGACGUGUAAUGUUUCGCGACUCGACAAAGCGCCCCGCCUCCGCCGCCGGACUUAUCCUUCGGACGUAAGGAAGGUGCACAGGUUCCUCCUUUAAAGUUCCUGAACUUUGCACCCGCGCUAUCAGCGGGACCGUCACCGUUUUACGCCGUCGUGCCUAUCGUGCCGCCGCGUCACGCGUGUCGCGAGCGCGAGAAUUCUUCGAAUUCGGGAGCCAGUUACCGGACCAACGGACGUGAGCGACAUGGCACCGGGAUGGAGUAACGUUAACGGCAACCAGCUCAGGAAUUCUUCCGGCAUUUCGUCCAGCAUGCCGGGACCACACUUGCCCUUUCAAUCCGGAGCCGCAGCUGUCCCGCCUCCGUUGCCACCUCGCCAGUCGACUCAGAGCUACCUAGGUUAUAACGAUUAUAGACCAUAUGGUUCGAGCUACGGGUAUGGGAGCUACGGAUACGGAGGUGGUUACAGGGGUUACGGUGGAUACGGAUCUUUCGGUAGUUACAUGCCUUAUUCCGGUACCAGCUACGGGCAAAUUGGAGGGCACAGCGGCGACGUGGAAAGCAGGUUUCAACAGUAUGCCGAAGAGAGCACGAGAUCGACUUUCCGUGUAGUGGAGACUGUAUUACAUACAUUUUCGUCUAUCACGAUGUUACUGGAGUCAACAUAUUUCGCACUGACAAAUUCGUUCCGUGCGAUUUUAAGCGUCGCCGAUAAUAUCGGUAGACUGCGUUCAACAAUCGGCCAGUUAUUGAGCACAUUUGCUUUAAUUCGCUUCAUGAAAUGGUUGUACAGAAGAGUUUUAUUUAUGCUUGGUCUUCAGACGCAAAGUGCUACCGUCGAAGACUUGUGGCAGCAAUCGGUGUCACAGCUAACGAGCGGAGAACGGACGCCGACGAUGACGACGAACGAACGUGUUUCUCCGUGGAUGAACGUUCUGCUCCUCGGCAUGUUUGUCACUAUUCCAUAUCUAAUUCACAAGAUAUCGAGUAAUAUAAGGCAGAAUCAAAUAAAAGUUAAUGAUCCGAAAGAAUGGGUGAAAUGCGAGGAUCCUGUAUGCGUGGCAACAGCGAUGUACGAUUUCAUGGCGGUUUCCAACGAGGAGCUGAGCCUGAGAGCCGGUCAGAAAAUAUGGCUGGCGCCGCGCUCCCUGCAAUCCAAGAGCAUACCAGGUUGGUGGAUAGCCACCGACAAUAGGAACGUCGGUUUAGUACCUGCCAACUACGUAACUAUAGUCGGGCAAUUGAAGAGGAAAUCGGAAUCGGAAAGCAACGGGAACGUCGUCGCAUCUACGGUAAUUCCAACUUCCAUGCAAAACGCAACCGCCUCGGACGAGCAGAUGAACACGCUAGAACCUAGCCAACAAAGUACAGACUUCUCUGAGAAUAAUAUUAAAGACGAUCUGCUUUAGUCCACAUGCAUUUGGGAGGAAGACCUCGAUCUAAAUGAUUCAGAUCAGUCACAAAGUGAUAUUGUCUUGAAUAUAUGGCCUACUAUCUUUAUAGGACACGACUGAUAUAAAGUAAAACUAUAAAACGCGUCGUACACUUACUAGGUAUCAAAUAAAGCGCGGUGAGUCUUUUUCAAUACAUAAA